UCAUUUUUUUCUUUCUCGCAUCUUUCCACAGCAACGGACGACUUUUAAUACUACCGUGGAUUCGUCAUCAACGAAAGGGUGAUGUGGAUGUUAAGAUUGAUUAGCAUUGGACGUGAAUCACGUCUUCUUUUGACUACCGCAACUCGUGCCGUCAUUUAUAGUAAUAAAUGCAUAAGUAAUCUUAAGGGUAAAGUAAUAGCCAUAAGGCGAGAAGACCAAUCAGUAUGGGAAAGGAGAGCGCCGUUAGCCCCGGCAAAUGUUCGCCGUCUUGUCAGGUCGGGUGUGAAGGUAAUUGUGCAGCCGAGCAACCGAAGAGCAUACCCAGCACAAGCUUACCAGGCAGCUGGCGCACUUCUACAGGAGGAUAUCAGCUCAGCAUCCGUGAUUUUCGGUGUCAAGCAGGUGCCAAUAGACCAGCUAAUACCUAAUAAGACGUAUUGCUUCUUUUCGCACACCAUUAAAGCACAGGAGAGUAAUAUGGCCCUUCUGGACGCAAUCUUAGAGAAGAACAUACGUCUGCUAGAUUACGAAAAACUUACAGACGCUAACGGCCAGAGAGUAGUAGCUUUCGGCAAGUAUGCCGGAGUAGCUGGUAUGGUGAACAUACUGCAUGGUUUAGGUCUGAGGUUGCUAGCUCUGGGUCACCAUACACCCUUCAUGCACAUCGGACCAGCACACAAUUAUCGAGAUUCAGCAAUGGCACGCCAAGCAAUUCGCGGCGCAGGAUAUGAGAUCGCGCUAGGCGCCAUGCCAAAAUCAAUCGGUCCACUGACCUUCGUUUUCACAGGCAGUGGUAACGUGAGUCAAGGCGGACAGGAAGUCUUCCAAGAACUUCCUCACGAGUACGUGCCGCCGGAGAUGCUGCGGAAAGUCGCCGAGCACGGUGAUACUACAAAAAUAUACGGUUGUGAAGUGCGACGCAGGCAUCAUCUAGAGAAAAAAGAGGGUGGCGGUUUCGAUCCCGAGGAAUACGAGAAGCACCCGGAAUUAUACAUUUCCACUUUCAGUAAAAAGAUUGCACCCUACGCUUCGGUGAUCAUCAAUGGCAUAUACUGGGCGGUGGAUUCACCAAAGCUAUUGACAAUACCAGAUGCGAAGUACUUGCUAAGACCUGCUCAUACGCCAUGGCUACCGAUAAGUGUUGGUGCACCCGCUCUGCCGCACAGAAUGCUCGCUAUCUGCGAUAUAUCUGCGGAUCCAGGGGGUAGCAUUGAAUUCAUGAACGAGUGUACAACGAUUGAUACACCAUUUUGCUUGUAUGACGCUGAUCGCAAUAAGGAUACAAAGUCCUUUAAGGGUCCUGGAGUGCUAGUUUGUUCGAUCGACAAUAUGCCCACGCAAUUACCAAAAGAGUCGACAGAUUUCUUCGGCAACCUUUUGUAUCCGUAUGCUUUGGACAUUAUACAGUCAGAUGCUAAAAAACCGCUGGAAGAACACAAUUUCAAUCCAGCUGUGCACGGUGCUAUUAUUGCCUCCAAUGAAAUGUUGACGCCUAAUUUUGAGUACAUCCAAGAACUGAGACAACUAAAUCAACGCAGCAAACAUAAAGCUGAUAGCGGGGAGCAGCAGAGCAAAACAGUCGUCGUUCUCGGUGCGGGAUAUGUUUCCGCGCCUUUAGUGGAGUAUUUGCAUAGAGACAAAGAUAUAAAAUUGAUGGUGGCAUCGCAACUGAAAGACGAAGCAGAUGCUUUGGCGAACCGAUUUCCAGGUGUUGAACCGGUUUAUCUGAACGUGCUAGAUCGUCCAGAUACGUUGCACGAUGUAGUCAAAUCAGCAAACGUGGUCGUGUCUCUGCUGCCAUAUUCACUGCAUCACGUCAUCGCCAAAACUUGUAUUGAAACUCAUACUCAUUUAGUAACAGCCAGCUACAUGAAUGAUAAUGUUAAAGCAUUACAUCAAGAAGCUCAGGAAGCUGGCGUUACCAUAUUAAACGAAGUCGGUCUAGAUCCGGGCAUUGAUCAUCUCUUGGCACUGGAGUGUUUCGACGAAGUGAAACAAGCGGGGGGUAAAAUAGAAUCAUUUAUCUCAUGGUGCGGCGGUCUACCUGCACCGGAAUCUUCUUGCAAUCCUUUGAGGUAUAAAUUCAGUUGGUCCCCACGAGGUGCACUAUUGAACACAUUGUCACCAGCAAAAUAUCUUCACGAGGGCCAGGAAGUGAAGAUCGCCGGUGGUGGCGAUCUCAUGUCUGCUGUACAAGAGUUGGACUUCCUUCCUGGCUUCGCUUUAGAAGGUUUUCCAAAUCGCGAUAGCACUAUGUAUAGAGAAUAUUAUGGUAUACAUAACGCAAGUACUGUAUUACGAGGUACGCUUAGAUUUAAGGGUUUCUCGGAUACCAUUCUUGGCCUGCAGUUGCUCGGUCUGAUCGAUCCCGAUCCACAUCCGAGUCUACAUCCCAAUGGACCAGAUAUUACCUGGCGAUUGUUGGUGUGUAAUCUACUAGGUCUGGCAAACGAUAAUAUUUUUUACGAGAAUCUGAAGCAGAAACUUGCAGAAAGAGUGAACUCCUGGGAGCGAGUAAAAGCUAUCGAGGAUCUUGGCCUGUUGGAAGAAGACCAGGUUUUGAAGUUGAAUACCCCACUCGAUACUCUUACGCAUUAUUUAUCCAAGAAACUAUAUUAUGAAAAAAAUGAACGUGAUCUUGUGAUAUUGAGGCACGAAGUAGGCAUAUGCUGGCAGGAUAAUAAAAGAGAAUCAAGAGGAAUCAACCUGGUGCUUUAUGGAGAUGCCAUUGGACAUUCUGCAAUGGCACGAACUGUUGGCUACCCCGCGGCCAUUGCAGCUAAAAUGAUUUUAGAUGGCGAAGUUCAACAGCGAGGAAUGGUGUUACCUUUCACGCCCGAUAUAUAUCGACCUAUUCUUAGUCGACUGAGAGCCGAAGGUGUAGAGUCCUUUGAGACGUCCAAAUGGUUGUGACACAUCCAUCACACAUUACCAUAAUGAUCGUCUGUAUAUAACAUAUUUUUUAUAUUUUAGGGAUCGAAGAUCAAUGUUAUACGUUAAUGUUAUAUAUAAAUAAAAAAAAAUAUGUCUCUAGAAUCAUAAGUCUGUAGACUGAUAGUUGCGAAAUAUUAAAC